AUGCCCCAUAUUGAUGAAGCUGAGUCUUUCGACUCUGAAGUUGAGGAGCUUUGGCGGCCCUCUUCGCCCGAAUCAACUCAGAUCUAUGAUUUUAUGACCAAGGUGAACAAGCAGUACGGUCUGUCUUUGAAAGACUACAGUUCCCUCUGGCAAUGGAGUGUAUCUGAGCCUGCCCAAUUCUGGGAGCAAAUUUGGCACUACACUCAUAUCAAGGCCCACAAGCCAUACCAAAAGGUAAGAGAAUCCACGGUCCUUGAAUCGAAAGAUGUGAUGUUUCCUAGACCGUCAUUUUUCGAAGGUAGCCAACUGAACUUUGCUGAGAAUCUUCUCUUUCCUGCUACUGCCCCAGACGAAGAUUCGGUGGCAGUAAUAGGCGCUACCGAAGAAGCUCGCGAGUUCAUCUCGUGGAAGGACUUGCGAGAACGAGUCCGGCGGUGUGCCAAUGCUUUGAAAGAAGCGGGCGUCAAGACCGGUGAUCGUGUUGCCGGUUUUGUAGGCAACCAUGUCACCACUGUUGUGGCUAUGCUGGCAGCAGCCUCCAUCGGUGCCUUUUGGACCGGUGUGUCGCCAGAUACUGGUGUUCAUGCAGUUUUGGAGCGACUCAAGCAGAUCCAGCCCAAAAUCCUCUUUGCAGACAAUGGGUCUCUCUACAAUGGCAAGGUGCAUGGCUCACAUGCCAAAGUCUGGGAAAUCGUUUCAGAACUGCCGGAUCUCGAAUUAAUGGUGCUGCUUGUGACUGCCCCCGAGUUGGAGGUCAACCUGGAUGACUUGACGCCUGCCAAUGGCAAAGCAAAGAUUUAUGAUGACUUUUUGUCAGAGGUCCAGAAUCCUCUGGCGUCAUUGGAGUUCGCAAGUUUGACACCAGAACACCCUGUCUAUAUUCUGUAUUCCUCGGGCACAACGGGGGCCCCAAAGCCCAUUGUACACGGCUCUUUAGGAACUCUGUUACAGCACAAGAAGGAGCAUCUUCUGCAUUGCGACAUUCGACCGGGUGAUCGUCUUUUCUAUUUCACAACGACAACCUGGAUGAUGUGGCACUGGCUUGUUUCCGGGUUGGCAAGUGGUGCUACUAUCGUUCUUUACGAUGGCUCGCCAUUCCGGCCCUUUGACGCUGAGGGCGGGAAAGGAGAAAUGGCGAUGCCAAGGUUGAUUGAGGAACUUCAAAUCUCUCAUUUCGGCACCUCAGCCAAAUACCUCUCACUUCUAGAGCAAGCCGUUCUGAACCCACGCAAACACGCCAACCGACCAGUUUCAUUGGGUUCGCUGAAAGCGAUCUUUAGUACUGGGUCUCCGUUGGCACCUUCAACAUUCGAAUACAUAUAUUCGUCUUUCCACAACGAUAUUAUGCUCGGCUCCAUCACCGGCGGUACGGACAUCCUCUCGCUGUUUGCUUCAGGCUGUCCCAUUCUUCCCGUCUACAAAGGGGAGAUUCAAUGUCGCUCUUUGGGCAUGGAUAUCUCAGUGUUCGACUAUGCCGGCGAAGAUAUCAGUGCAUCAGGCGAGCCUGGUGAUCUCGUUUGUGUGACGCCUUUUCCCGCACAACCAGUCAUGUUCUGGCCACCUGGGCCCGCCGGCUUAGAAAAGUACCGAAAAAGCUAUUUCGAUGUAUUUGGCCCAUCCGUCUGGCACCACGGAGACUACGUCCGCUUCAAUCCAAAAACCGGGGGAGUGGUCAUGCUGGGCCGCAGCGACGGUGUUCUAAAGCCCUCUGGAGUACGGUUCGGCAGCUCUGAGAUCUACAAUAUCCUCUUGAAGCAUUUCGCUAGUGAGAUCGAGGACUCUCUUUGCAUUGGUCGGAGACGUGAGGGUAUUGACACUGAUGAAACGGUUGUCUUGUUUGUGCGACUUGCUUCUGGCGAGUCGAGGAUCUCGCCAGAUCUCGCCACACGCGUUCAAUCUACUAUCCGUAAGGAACUAAGCCCACGGCAUGUUCCGGGGGUCAUUGACGCUUGUCCGGAGAUCCCGGUGACUUCUAAUGGCAAAAAGGUCGAGAAUGCUGUCAAGCAGAUCUUGUGUGGGCUUAACAUCAAGAUUGGUGCGAGUGUUGCAAAUGCCUCAUGUCUCGACUGGUAUCAGAGAUGGGCUUUGGAACAUGCUUAA